AUGACGGAUCGAUUCGCGCGCACCGAUGGGUCGACUACGUCUCCCUGUGAUCUCGAGGAGGGAAACUAUUGUGGAGGCACGUGGAGAGGAACGAUUAACCAGCUCGACUAUAUCCAGGGGAUGGGAUUCGAUGCUGUCAUGAUCUCCCCAAUCAUCAAAAACAUCGACGGCCGGGUUUCUUAUGGUGAGGCCUACCAUGGAUACUGGCCACUGGACAUAUAUGAUCUGAACUCGCACUUUGGAACAUCCCAAGACUUGCUGGACCUAAGCGACGCUCUGCAUGCUCGCGGAAUGUACCUGAUGAUGGACACGGUCAUCAACAACAUGGCCUACAUCACCAAUGGUACCGAUCCUGCCACACACAUCGACUACUCGGUCUUUACACCGUUCAACAAUGCAGAUUAUUUUCAUCCCUAUUGCGAGAUUACGAAUUGGAAUAAUUACACCGAUGCGCAGCUUUGUCAAACAGGUGACAACGAGACAGCACUGCCUGAUCUCUUCACUGAACACAGUGAUGUCCAACAGCUUCUGGAAAAUUGGGCAACGGACACGAUAAAGAAAUAUUCUGUCGAUGGACUUCGAAUUGAUGCCGCAAAGCACGUCAGUCCAGGCUUCUUGAAAAAUUUUGGAGAUAAAGCUGGUGUGUUCAUGACCGGAGAAGUUCUCGACAGUCAUGUGGACAUUGUUUGUAACUAUCAAAGCAAUUAUAUUGGGAGUAUGCCCAAUUACCCCAUCUACUACGCUAUGAUCCAUGCAUUCAUCAACGGCAACACCACCGAGCUCCCGAAUCAAGUGGAAGUGAUGAAACGCACGUGCCCAGAUGUCACUGCAAUGGUCUCAUUCUCUGAAAAUCAUGACCUUCAGCGUAUUGCAAAUAUGACGGAUGAUAUGUCGCUUGCGAAGUCAAUCAUCACGUUCACGUUGCUGUUUGAUGGCGUUCCGAUGAUCUACCAAGGCCAAGAGCAACACUUGAAUGGAGUAUUCAACCCGUGGAAUCGUGAAGCUAUCUGGCUAUCUGGCUACAAUAAUGACACCGUGCUUUACAAACUCAUCGCGACGCUGAACAGAAUCCGGAAACAUGCCUACAACAUGGACUCGGACUAUAUUGAUAGCAAGACACAUUCUAUCUACACGGGCGGCAGUGAGUUGGCUUUCUCCAAGGGCGUCGAGGGCCGACAGGUCGUCAUGCUUCUAUCGAACCAAGGCAUGCAAGGCAAACCCUACCAGCUUACGCUACCAGUCUCCUACAAUGCUGGGACUGCCGUGACCGAUGUGUUGAAUUGCAAAGCCUACGCAGUCAAUGAGUAUGGUGGGCUCGCUAUCGACAUGAAUCAAGGAGAGCCCAGAGUGCUGUUCCCUACCAAACUGAUGAUAGAAGCAGCCAAGAACCUUGAUCAAUUACCCUCGUGGACUGCGCCCGAUAAUACACUAAUUCUGCAGGCAUUUGAAUGGCAUGUUCCUGCCGAUCGGCGCCAUUGGAAUCGAUUAAAGGCUGCUUUGCCGGAUUUCAAGGCGAUAGGCGUUGACCAGAUAUGGAUUCCCCCGGGAUGUAAGGGAAUGGACCCUGCGGGCAAUGGCUACGAUAUCUAUGACUUGUAUGAUCUGGGGGAAUUUGAUCAAAAGGGAGCGAUCUCGACAAAGUGGGGCACUAGGAAAGAGCUGGAGGACUUGGUUUGCCAAUCUCAAGCCCUGGAUAUCAAAAUUAUCUGGGAUGCUGUGCUCAAUCAUAAGGCUGGAGCUGAUUUCCCAGAGAGUUUCAAGGCAGUGGAGGUAGAUCCUAAGAGAAGGGACAUUGAAAUAUCCAAGCCGUUGGAAAUAGAUGGCUGGGUGGGCUUCGAUUUUCGUGGCCGUGGCGACUUGUACAGUUCCAUGAAGUACCACUGGCAGCAUUUCAGCGGCGUCGACUGGGACGACAAGCGCAAACACCAGGCGAUCUACAAAAUCCAUGCGCCCCACAAGGACUGGGCCUCUGAUGUGUCGGGGGAAAAUGGCAACUACGACUACCUCAUGUUUGCUGACCUUGAUCUCUCGCACCCAGAAGUCCGCGAAGACAUUCUACAAUGGGGAAACUGGAUUACUGAUACAUUAUCCCUUGGCGGAAUGAGGCUGGAUGCAGCAAAGCAUUUCUCCGCGAAGUUCCAAAAAGACUUCGUGAACCAUAUUCGCAGCACUUCCAAUCCGGAUUUCUUCGUGAUCGGAGAGUACUGGACCGGGGACGUGCAAGCCAUUAUGGACUACCUGGAGACGCUUGAGAAUAAAAUUGUGGCGUACGACGUUCCUCUGGUUGAGAAAUUCUCAGAACUGUCGCAUACACGCGACGCAGACCUUCGUGGUAUUUUCAAGGAUUCUUUGGUACAGCGCAGGCCAGACCAGGCUGUAACCAUUGUGUCAAAUCAUGAUACACAACCAGGACAAAUGCUUGAGACUCCAGUAGCAUCUUCGUUCAAAUUGCUAGCCUAUUCGUUGAUACUUCUCCGAAAAGAAGGCCAUCCUUGUGUAUUCUAUGGCGACAUUUAUGGCAUACGAGGCGAAAAUAUCGCACACCCAAACACCCCAGCAUGCAAUGGCAAGCUCCCAAUCCUGACCACAGCACGGAAACUAUAUGCCUACGGCGAACAAGAAGACUACUUUGACCAACCAAACUGCAUCGGUUCGUAUUUCCAAUCCUUCCCCCCCUCCCCCUUUUUAAUUUUGCAAUUUCAUUUUGGACUUAUCAUUCCUGAGGAUGUCUCAGGUUUUGUUCGCUAUGGAAAUUCUCGUCACCGUUCGGGUCUCGCCUGCAUUAUCAGCAAUUCAGGCGCAGCCAAAAAGCGGAUGUUCAUUGGUCGAGAUAAUACGAGCCAGCGGUGGAUAGAUAUCUUGGGACACCGGGCAGGAGCUGUCGUUAUCGACAAAUGGGGCUACGGGUUUUUCACUGUCAACGCAAUGAGUGCCAGCGUAUGGGUUGAUUCAGACGCAGUCUCCAGUGCUGGCCUCGCGGAGAAGUUGUACGGUCUUCCUAUCUUCCCCCAUUUCUCGGUUCUGUGCUAA